AUGGGAGGAGUUUGUUCAGCUUGCAUGAGCGAUUUUUCUCGAAGUGAAAGCCAUGGAGAAAUUGAGUCUGUAUAUAAGCAUCAUAGUACCCGAAAAGCGCUUCCUGGAGUUAUAAAAAUCCAAGCAUUAUGGCGUGGGUAUUCUACAAGAAAAAAUAUUUUAUCUACUCAUCCUGAAUUUUUCGUUAAAAAUUCUGUCAGAAUUGAAAAUCUUUUAGGAGCUUUUGAUUAUGGAAAUAUUGUUAUUCCGAACACAGUAAAAAAGCCUGUAUAUAAAUUCCCGAAUCAACAAAUUUAUAUAGGGGAAUGGAAUAUAAAAACAAAUCUUAGAGAAGGACGUGGAGUCAAUAUUUGGAAAAAUGGCUCAAAGUAUGAAGGAUUUUGAAAAGACGAUAAAGCAAACGGACGUGGCAGACUGAUUCAUAAUGAUGGAGAUGUUUAUGAAGGAGAUUGGCUUAAUGAUAAAGCAAGUGGCAAAGGAUUAUAUAUUCAUGCAGAUGGCUCACGAUAUGAUGGAGAUUGACUAGAAGAUAAACAGCAUGGGCGAGGAUCUGAGAAAUGGCCUGAUGGAUCUUCUUAUGAAGGUCAAUAUGAAUAUGGAAAAAAGCAUGGACUUGGAAAAUUCAUUUGGGGAGAUGGGAGUACAUAUGAAGGCCAGUUCAUGAAUAAUAAUAUUCAUGGGAAAGGCGAAUAUCAUUGAUCUGAUGGGAGAAGCUAUAAUGGAAUGUGAAAAGAUAACAAAAUGGAGGGGUAUGGAGAAUUCAGAUGAAAAGAUGGGAAAAUUUUUAAGGGGCACUAUAAAAAAGAUAAAAGGCAUGGUGAAGGGGUCUUGGAAUGGCCAAAUGGGAAUAAGUUUGUGGGAAAUUGAAAGUGUGGGAAACAGGUAGGGACAGGAACUAUGAUUUCUGCUUUAGGAGAUGAAAAGAAAGGUGUUACAUUGAAUUCGGUACCUACAAACAUGUAA